UCAUUCACAGACUCACACGGAAUACUACGGCGACACGAGGGCAGCCUAACGAUGAAAAUGUCGGCGGCGGAGAUCCUCAAAGAGGGCGAGCUCGAGAAGAGGAGCGACAACCUGCUCCAGUUCUGGAAACGGAAGACGUGCGUCCUGACCGCGGACAGCCUCAACAUUUACCCGGACACACAGAAGCGCAGCAAGGCCAAGGAGCUCAAGCUACAGUCCAUCAAGAAAGUGGACUGCGUGGAGCGCACGGGCAAGUUCGUCUACUUCACCAUCGUGACCACAGACAAUAAAGAAAUCGAUUUCCGGUGCUCUGGAGAGGAGAACUGCUGGAACGCGGUCAUUACCAUGGCUUUGAUUGACUACCAAAACAGAAAAGCGAUCCAGGACUUUAAAACGCGACAGGACAAUGAGAGCGCGUCUCCAGGGCAGCACGAGAGGCGCAUGGCCAGAGCGCCCUGACGCACCGCGCGCCCUGAACUCCACUCCUAAUAUGCGUCAAUGUUGGACCACUCAGACUAAACUAGGACCAAAUGGAAGACCAGGUCAUCCGGUCCAAACAUGAAGGAUAGUCCGGGACUGUGCUCUCACUACACUGACCUGAGACUGAGCUGUACCGGAGCUCAAGAGGACUGAACCUUUGAGAUGUCAAAACGAUUUCAAGCUCUGCCUUCAGGAGCGUGCCUCCUAAACACGUUUAUGUUAAUUUAUUUGUUUCCUGUUAUGUUGUUACUUGCAAUCAGCUUUAAAUUAUAUGUGUUUACUUUGUAUUUAUUUGAAUAAAUAUGCAAACAUUUGUAACAGAA